UGGGAUUUUCCUCGGGACUCCCCCCCUUCCCUCUCUCUCCCUCCCUCACCCUCCCUCACCCACUGCCCUCCUCCCUCUCCGUCCUCCCGUCCCUCCAGCCCGCAGAGUUUUCCGUCCUGUGUCGGGAUAACAUCGUAAACGAGGACCACCUGACGGUACGACCGGACUAAAUGGAAGCAGCGGAGGAAACUCUCACUUACCGAGAUGUCACCGGACUUCACAGGAAGCUGCUCCCAGAGGACAAGGAGAAGGACACCGCGGACGGUGAGGGCCGCGCCGCCGAGUCCAACUAUGUGGAUCUGGACAUGAAACCGGACGGCGCAAAAACCGUGAAAGUAACUUUCACGGGCGAGGGGAACCAGCUGUCCGUGGCGAAGGGCGACGGCUCAAAACACGGGGAGCAGGACAAGGAGGGGGGGAUCAUUUCAGAAGAGCAGUUAAAGGACAAGCCCGUGUCGGGUGAGUCUCCUCUGGAAACUCUGACCAAACUCCCCGACGCCGAUCAGGACUUGGAGAAUGAGACGCAGCUCGAGGCGAGCGAGUGCAGCGAACACGUGUGCAGCGAGAGCGAGGAGCUCCAGUACACCGACAUGUAUCUGAACAGCAAGACGGAGUCGGAUGAUGGUGCCAGCGCGGUGCUGUCCGACCACUGCGGCUCCGACACGGUGGAGGACGAGUCUCACUAUAUCACGACGCACGAGAUCCAGCUGACCGAGCUCGACCACGACGUCGACUACGACCUGGGCCGCGGGACCUGUUGGGACUUUGAAGACAACAACCUGGUCUACUCGUUUGUGGAUUACGCGUCUUUUGAGAGCGACGACACGCAGGAGGGGACCCUGAUACUGGAGGGCAGGAGCAAGGCGAACGCGCAGUCUAAUCUCGGCGGAGCGGUUGUCAGCACCGAGCAGGAUGACAGUGAUCUCUGCGACUCGGACAAGUGCGCCAGCUCCGAUGAGAGCGUGUUUAAAAACCGCGGCGGAGACGCAAAUGCGGGCAAGAUUCACCUGUCGAUCAAAACGUCGUCCAGGUCGCUGAACGAGCCCGUCAGCAGCUUUGACAACAGCACCUGUGGCCACGCAAAACACUUCGGAGACAGGAGCCACUUCUCUUUUGUGAGCUCUGGCGCCAGAGCGGGGCCCCUGUGCGACAGAACCCAGUAUUUCAUCCCUGCUCCGGGCCGUCAGCACCUUGCAACCAAACUCAGACGGAAAGAUAUUAAUGAGUAUUCCAGCGGAGCGUCCAGCUCUAUCAGCGAGCUGGAUGACGCUGAUAAAGAGGUGCGUAAUCUAACCGCCAAGUCUUUCCGGAGCUUGGCAUGUCCAUACUUCGAUGCCAUUAAUCUUAGCACCUCCAGCGAGUCCUCCAUGUCGGAAUAUGGGCUAAAUAAAUGGUCAGCUUAUGUGGACUGGAAUUAUGGAAACAUAUCUCGGGGGAGAGAGCGGAGCGUAAUUGCGCACAAGACUUCCAGCGCGACUGUGGAAAUGAAUAAGACUGUGGACAGUAAGAGGCAUGGUAAGUCUAAUGCCGGCAUGAAAACUCCACAAACAAAAAUGUACGCACUGAACAGGAGGUCAACUUCUCAACAAUCUUCCUGUUCCAGCAAAAAUAUCGAGCUGACAGAUCCCGCUCAGCCGAAGCAGCGCGGAGUCACGCUGAAUUUCCGUUGUAAUGUUGUCGCGCCUGAAGGCGCCAGACGUCCGAAAUGCAUCAAAAAGGCACGACCCAGUGAGGUCAGUGGGACUGUGUUGGCCGGGUCGGGGUGUGAGACGCAGUAUCAUCACACAGAAAGUUCGGGGGACACGCACAAAAGAGCAGUUUUUGCAUCGAGUCUUUUGAAAAACGUGAUUUCCAAAAAGAUGCAGUUUGAACAGGAGCGCAAAAUGGAGAGGGGCGAAAUCCGUGACACGUACCCAGCGCUGUCUCCGUCGUUUCCGUUCAAAGAUCAAGAGAGGAGUCAGGGGAGAGGCUUGCAAAGACAGACGUCAGAAUCAGGCUCGGCAUUCACCGUUAACUCCGCUGACGAUCAACACCUGGAGGGCAGCAGGCCCGCUUCCUGUGAGCCAGCAGAGGAGCAGAGGAGCGACAAGGCAGCAGACGAUUCAGAAAAGCCACAGGUUGAGCCUGAAAAAGCUCCGCUGGGCCACAGUCGGAGCAGCGCGUUCAAUUCGGUGAAAGAAGAUGAGCCAGCACCCGUGAAGGAGUCUGAGCCCACAUGUUCAGCAGCUAAAGAGGGAUUAGACACCAGCAGCAUGUUGACCAAACUGCUUUUUGUUCCAAGCUGCCAGCUCCUUUCAAAAGAGAAGGAUUUAACAGAGGAUGCACCUGCUGCUCCACAGAAAUGUGAAAAGGAGUUCAAAACGGGCAAUAAUGGAAACAUAAUAGGUAAACAGGAAGACGAGAAAGGCGGGAAAACCCCUGAGAUCAAAAUAUGCCUGAGAAGCGUGAAGGAAAACAAAGGCUGCACGCUGAAUAUCGCCAACCUGUUAACCCCUAAAAUAAGUUUCAACACCGUUAACGCAUUCAGGGCAGCGGGCGAUGCCAAGUGCCACAUCAUGUCUGCGUCAGACAAAACCCCAAACUUCACUGUUAGAGACAUACGAGAUACAAAAUGCAAGUUCCAAACACCGAUUUAUCACGUCAGAGAUGUCCGGAAGUUGGUUAAGAGUUCAUAUCGUUUUGUUUCUUUGGAAAAUAGCGAUGGUAAAUGUUCCACGGCCGCCGAUAAAACCGAAGAAAAGGCCGCAAAGGAGCCGGUAAAGCACGUACUGCCGUCUCCUAUUGUCAUUAAAUGUCACUCCGUGAAAACAAACGCGAAACAGCAGGCGGCUGAGGCGUCGCAGAAACAGUCAGAGGCGUCAGAGACGUCUCACAGUGACGUCACGACAGUCAGGGCACCGAACGCGUCCAAGCAGCUCAACCCCGACCCGUCAGACGUUCAGCCAAAUGCCGACACCAAACCAACGAAACAGAAGUUUGCGGGCGAGAUGGCCGAGAGGAGAAACGAGCCCACGAUACCGAAACAGGCCGCGCUAGAGAAACUCAAGGCUGCCGUCAAAACGAUGGAGCAGCUUUACGUUUUCGACAGGAACGAGUGGAAGCGCAAAACUCAGGCGCCGCAGCCAGUCACCGACAGCCACGUGCUGUCGCUGAUAGCGCGCGAGGAGCAGGGCGCGGAGGAGCCGGACGCCGACAGGGUCGCCGCCGGCAAACCUCAGGAAGACAGAGGGGCUCUGAAUAUCAUACACGUCCCCUAUGACAAAGACGCGUUCAAAACACAGUCCCCGCAGACGUUUAGCAACAAGAGCAUCCUUCAUUUUGGCAACAAGGCACGCGUCAGCAUCAGUUCGGUCAGCAGCUCUGGUCCGCAGGGUUCCACGCUGCAGACGUCACCGGCCGCAAGGAGCUCCAACGCGCCUGUGGCUCCGCUAUCGGUGAAAAUAGAGCCCUCGAAAAAGAAUGGCCAGGUGGAGCAGGGGAAGGUCAGAAUAAUUCCCAGUAAUCCCACUGUAGCAGACUCUGAGAACUAUUUGACCAUACCGGGGCUGGGGUACACGAAUGAAAUCAAGCUGCUGAACCGAGAGCCGGUUUCAAGGGAUAUCAAGACACCGGAGCAGAAGAAGUCUCCGUUAAUCAUGGAGUACCCCGCCUCGAGCAUCUACCAUCACCCGGGGGUGACAACGUUGCCUCCAGCGCAGCAGCAGGUGCUGUGCUUCUCCCCUUCCAUCCCGGCUGUGUCGCCAACUCCUUCUGCCGGAGAGACCCAGCGCAAGAUGCUCCUGGACCCCACUACAGGACAUUACUACCUGGUGGACACCCCCAUACAGGCCACCACCAAGAGACUGUUUGACCCCGAGACGGGUCAGUACGUGGAUGUACCCAUGCCCCAUUCCCCCGUGGCACCCGUUGCCCCUGUCACCCCCGUGCCUCUCUCUUUGUCCCCCCUGGCACUGAGCCCAGGAGCCUACGCCCCCACCUACAUGAUCUACCCGGGCUUCAUCCCCUCGCCCACACUGGCAGCCCAGGCGGUGUUGCCGCAGUCGCCGUGUCACUCUGAGGACGCAGGUGGUGAAAAGGUGAAAGGCGCGAGAAGCCCAAGAGCGGAAACUAACGCGACAGGUGGCGAGAGCGCGUAUUACAGCGCGACAGGUGAGGCUCCGUUGCAGCUACCUGUGAGCUCGGGACACGUGACAGCCAGAGGAGGAGCAGUGAGCUCAGACAGGAAGCCAGUCAUCAGCAUCACAACGCCACAAGGUCCAAGAAUAAUCGCCCCGCCCUCCUUCGAUGGAACAACGAUGAGUUUUGUAGUGGAGCAUCGGUGACCAAGGAAGCACCUCAUCACACAUACUUCUCCACUGAAGAGUCUGCCCUUCAUUCACCGGAAGUGCGGUAUCCACCCUACCUGUGAUCUACUUCCCAAGACAAUUUCCAUCAGCAAUUUCUCUCCCCACUUUAUUGUGUCCGUUAUCCUUGCAGCAGACAUCAGUGUAAUCUGGAUGCAUUGCAGUACUUUGUAGGGUUUAAUGCAUUCAGCCCCGUCCUCCCAUCAUAUUGCUAUAUGAAUCUGCUUUGUAAGACUUUCCAUUCAGCUGCUGUCUAGAACUCUUGAAAUGCUGUUUGAGCCCUGCAACAUGUCUAUUCAAAAGGAAACAAAGGCAGGUCUUCUAUUAUAGUUAGUUACGCUGUCGGCCAAGCCACCAUUUUGUUAUUUUGACUUGAAUGUUACCAUGUGUUUUAAGUGAGACUAUGUAACUUUUGAAAGGAAACAAACCUGCCUUUUGCAAAUGAAAGGUGAACUCAAGAAAUAAAACACAACCUUGCUGCUACAACCUUUUUUUGGUUUCGUAUGACAAUGUUAAGCUAAUGUUAGAAAGUUUCGUAGAUACUAAUGUGUGACCGCAAUCAUGGUCUCAUAACACUCGUUACAGCAAGAAAGCUUUGUUCCCAGUGAAUCCUAGUGGCCAAAUGUGGUUAAAAAAAAAGAUAGAUAAUAAAUCCCCAAUAGACCAAAAAAGUGCUCUCCCUGUAGAUCGUCUUUAUUUAAGAGACAUCGGUAAAACACAAGAAUUUCUCCUGCAUCCAGUGGACUGCUUGGGGCAUUGACUGUUCAAAGCCUCCAAGUGUGUUCUCAGAGCUUGCUUCAGAAGGUCAGCUGUGCUUGUCGUGGCGGCAACCAAAGAACCUGUUGGUGAACAUCAGUGUUAAAGAAGGCUGUUAAAUUGAGAAAGGGGUCCUUUCUGGCUUGUUUAGCUGGCAGCAUCCCUAGAGCUGCAGACAGUUAUUAGGAGUCCAGAGGGACUGAAGCUUCUGUGGACAAGGAGGCAAAACCUGGAUGUGGGAGGAAUUCAAGGAGGUCAUGGAGAAUGAUUUUAGAUCAGCCUCAAAGAGGUUCUGCCAAACUGUCUGAUAAGUCUGGAGGGCUUAGUCCCAGCUGUUAUCCGCUUUGGAUUUAAACUGCUGUCUCAGACUAACAAUAUUGUAAGACAGUUGAAACACUUUGAGUAACUCCUGAUUCUGACUGACACAUCCUCCUUAAAGGAGGCAAAGCAUGAAGGCUCAGGAAAAUCUUUAUCCAUUUCAUUAGCGAUGGUCACGAGGUUGGUCAAAAAGCUCCACAGUUGCCAGACGCCGGGGGUGGAUGAGAGUUGCCCUGUGAUGCUGAAGGCUUGUACAUCUCUUGUACAUGAGUCAGGGUACGAUGGAGUGAGAUCAACAGGCAGAUUAGUGCUAUGUCAGCAGGAGUGCCAAUGCUGUGCCGGACUGUUGCGAUGAAUAGAUCGCUAAGCCUGAAAGUGAUGCCGUUGAUUUACAAGUUGAGCUUUUCCUUACCUCAGAGUAGAACUGCUGUUCUUUUGCGUUGAGAGGAGUGAGCCAAGGUGGUGUGAGCAGUGGAUAUGGAUUCCUCCUGGAUGCCUACCUGUGGAGGUAUUCCAGACACACCCAAGUGGGUGGAGACCAUUGGGCACACCCAGACUAUGCCGGGGGGGUUACAUAUGUCAUCUGGCCUGGGAAUACCGCAAGAAAAGAGGUGGAGGACAUGGCAAGAAUGAUAUGUGGGCUACCUUGCCUAGCCUGCUGCCACCCUGAUCCAGACUGUGCUCAGUAAUGGGAAAUGGAUGGAUUGAUGGAUGGAUGGAUGGAUUGACAUCAAAUUAACAAAAGACUCUCCCAUGCUUUGGUAGAUGAACAGGAAUUUGCGUCUUUGUCCUGUAUUUGAUGCUUGUGGCCGCUCUUAAUCAAAAGUUACGUAGCCUUGCUUUAGUUUACACAAUAAGAAAAUAACCCACAGUAAAAACAACCAAUAAAGGCCCUUGGCCUAUUGUCACAAAGUGACAGAGACACAAC